ACCGCGUUUACAAAAAUGAGUGAGGGCACGCUGGCGAUCUAUGGGUACCCGCGCGGUGAAGGUAAAAGUUUAGAGGCAAGGCGUGGCAUCGAAGGCGCGUCAGCAGGACUUCAACACGGUGCGAAGGGCAGCGGUCAGUGUGCCACGCGAAGGAAAGGUGAUCGUAACGAGGGUUCAGACAAGCGGCGUCCAGACAGCUCCAGCAGCCUCCUAUAUCUGGCCCGAGUUACCGCGGGCAAUGGAGGGUCGCGGCCCAGAGCUGAAGGCAUGUCCGGCGACGGGGAAGCGGAAAGCUGGUUCUGCAAGGAUCAGCAAGGUCGCGUUCAUGGCCCGUACCCAGAGCAAAAGAUGGCUUCGUGGUUCGCGUCUGGCAAGCUGCGAAUGUCCCUCGCCGUGAAGCGCAUCGGUGAUCCGGAGUUCCACCUGCUGGGCGACCUCAUCAAGGCCUCUUGCUGCGUUCCAUUUCAGCCGGCUGAAGGGUCGCACGACGACGACGACGACAACAACGACUAUGGGCAUGACGACGAAGAUCCGGCACCUGUCGCUUCCCAAUCUCCAGAAAAACGGUCAUCUGGCGCUUGGGGAGGGUACGAAGCCAACACUGCAGAUCCAAUGAAACCUUCACGAGACAACCCUGAAACGGCAGUCGCGCCAAAGCAAACCGCACAGCCAUGUACGUGGGCCUCAGUGUGUCAGGGGAACCUUUCGGAUCACACGUGGAGCUCUCCGAGAAAGACCCUCCCGCUCGGUGACAUGUCCUUGUUUCCUUCCCUGGGUGGCCACGCGUUUUCAGACCCCAAGAAAAGUCUGUGGCAGCGACGUCGCGAAGCGGACGAGGCUCUGACGCGAUGGUGCUACGAGGCCCUCUCGGAGUUGCCUUCUUACGUUCACGUCCCCACGUUCGUCGAACUCCUACGAGACGUCGAAUCCAAUGACGAGAUCCGCGAGUACGUCCGCAUCCACCUGGGACGCGACGACGACGCUCGAGGAUUCGCCGAGGAGUUCAUUCGGAGGAGGGCGCAGUGGAAGUGGUCCACGGGGCGGCUGAUGGACUGUCAUAGGAGCGCGGACGAACAAGGUGGUGGCGGCCGGAGGAGGAUGCAGAGACUGGUGGACGCGUCCAUGUUGGGUUUUGUGGUUGGUGGCCCACCUGGAUUCAGAAGGAAAUGACAAACGAGGUCAAAUAAACGCUGUAUUUUCUCGC